CCGCGGCGGGCAGUGGUGUCCUUGCGGCGCAGCCCGGGACGUGAGUCUGUCCCCGGCUGUCAGCUCAGCGCGGCGCGGCGGCUCGAGCUGUGAGAGGCCCGCGGGCGGCGUCCACCAUGUUGUGCCGGGCGGCGUGCAGCGCAAGCGGGAAGCUGGUGCCGGCGCUGGGGGUUCUGGGCUCCCGGCAGAAGCACAGCCUCCCCGACCUGCAGUACGACUAUGGCGCUCUGGAGCCCCACAUCAACGCGCAGAUCAUGCAGCUGCACCACAGCAAGCACCACGCGGCCUACGUGAACAACCUGAACGUCGCCGAGGAGAAGUACCAGGAGGCGCUGGAGAAGGGUGAUGUUACAGCUCAGGUGGCUUUACAGCCUGCAAUAAAGUUCAACGGUGGAGGCCAUAUCAAUCAUAGCAUUUUCUGGACAAAUCUGAGCCCUAACGGUGGUGGAGAACCCAAAGGGGAGUUGCUGGAAGCCAUCAAUCGUGACUUUGGUUCCUUCGCCAAAUUUAAGGAGAAGUUGACCACUGUUUCCGUUGGUGUCCAAGGCUCAGGCUGGGGUUGGCUCGGUUUCAACAAGGAACAGGGUCGCUUACAGAUUGCUGCUUGUUCUAACCAGGAUCCCCUGCAAGGAACAACAGGUCUUAUUCCACUGCUGGGGAUCGAUGUGUGGGAGCACGCUUAUUACCUUCAGUAUAAAAACGUCAGGCCUGAUUAUCUGAAAGCCAUUUGGAAUGUAAUCAACUGGGAGAAUGUAACCGCGAGAUACAGGGCUUGCAAAAAGUAAAACAUCAGCCUUACAUGGAGUACAUCAAGCUCUUUAUGGCUAUUUUUGUAGUAGUGCAGAGAACCACACAUACCAGUAAGCUGCUUCAUUGUAGUUGUUUCUCAGUGUGGCUUAUUCAAAUAUUUGAUAAACAUAAUUUAGUGCUAUGAAUAACCUCUCUUGAAAAUUUAUCAGGCAACUGUUUGAAAAUGUUAAGUGCUUUGUGUGAUUUAAUCUUUCUAUUGAACAUUUUCUUCAGAGAGCAACAACAACUAGGAGAUUGUAAUUGUCAUUGUAAAACUAUGAGAGAUAUUUCAUCCCUAUACCACUGGGGUGUCUAAGGAAGCCUUUCUAAUCCUGUUCUAUUGCAGUUACAGGAAAUCUGGUCUUUUGCUGCCCCCAUUCAUUUAAUAAUAAAAUAUUAAAUUUAUUUCCCAAGGGAAAUAUUCAGUUUUCUAUUGAAAAUUGCUCUUUUUGUAAGUAAUCCUCUGUCCAGUAUUACUUCUGGUAGAUAUCACCCAGUGGUCUUUAGUUACUUAUGAUCACAUGUUAUACAGGGUUAACACUAACCAUUUCAUCAUUAAAUAUAUAUAUAUAACUUGAUUGCUAAUUGAGAAUUGCUUUAUUAUGAGAAGGAAAUAGUAGUGCCUCUGAAUUUUUCUGUAGAGAGAAAAAUAAAGACUUUUGUGAAAUUUUGUCUUCAAA